AUCGCCCCGCCCACUCCGGAUCAUAAGGACAAUGCCGAUGGAAGCUGCAGACUGCCGAUACUGAGUCGGGAGGCGAAACAUCUCUCAGGUGCAUAAAGAGUUUGAAAGCCCACCCCGGUCGGACAUGAAGAGCCCCCUGGGCCUGGACGGUUGAGCGGCGCACGUCGGAGUGAAGGACGCUUGCCUGGCAGCCAUGGCUGACAGAGAUGGACCCCCCACGGCCCCGGGUCAGGUCUACGUCCAGGUGGAGUACGACUACGAGUACAAGGCCAAGGACAAAAUGGUGAGCAUCCGGCAGGGGGAGUCCUACAUGUUGGUGAAGAAGACCAACGAGGACUGGUGGCAGGUGAGGAAGGAGGAGGGCACCAAGGCCUUCUACGUGCCAGCCCAGUACGUCAGGGAGGUGCGCCGUGCCCUGAUGCCCCCCCAGAAGCCCACCCUGAGGGCCAAGCCCACCGUCCUGGAUAUCCGCAGGGCAUCUAAUGAGAACAUCAACCGGCCUCAGCCGGAGAUGUCCAGCUUUGGCCGCUCCUCGCCCUCCUCCACGCCGUCGCCUUCAGACAGCAUCACGCCGCCGGCUCCGGUCAAGGACGCCAACCAGAACUUGGGGAGCCCCCAUCACUGCAAGGUGGUGGCCGAGCUGGUGCUGCUUCACAACAACAACAACAACCAUCACCACGCCAGCAACUCCACUUUGCCACGCACGCGAGCCGACUCGCCUCCGCUCAAAGACGGGGGCGACCGCAACCAGAGUCCAGACCGGAACAAGACCCCCCCACAGUGCCAGCAGACAGGAAAUGGGCUCGGCAAGCUGCACAAUGACGGCGAGUCGGGGGAUGAGCUCAGCAGCAGCUCAACAGAACACAUGCAGACGACAUCGCCGACAGGCCAGGGCAGCUCGGACUCGCCGGUCUACACGAACCUCCAGGAGCUGAAGAUCUCCCAGUCCAGCCUGCCGCCCGUGCCGUCCGGCUCUCCUCUCCACAUCCACGGUGACUGGGAGACCCACAAAGACCUGAGCGGCAGGCAUUUCUACUACAACCGGGCCACGGGGGAGCGCACGUGGAAGCCGCCACGCACCCGCGACACCGCCAGCACCAGCAGCUUCCGAGGAGAUAGUCAAGGCACAGCGGAGAGCGAGCUGCUUUCGUCAGAAGAAAACUGCCACAGCUCCCACAGCACCCACAGCACCCACAGCACCCACUCCAGUCAGUCCGACAGCCAGUACGGCUCGCCCCCUAGAGGCUGGUCUGAGGAGCUGGACGAGCACGGACACACGCUCUACGUCUCGGAAUACACCCAAGAGAAGUGGAUAAAGCACGUGGAUGAACAAGGCCGGCCGUACUACUACAACGCUGACGGAUCCAGGUCUGAAUGGGAAUUACCAAAGUACAACGUCUCCCCCCACUCCGGCGAGGCCCCCAAGAGUCGCAGCUUGGAGAGGAAACAGCCGGACCCCAUCGUCCUCACCAAGUGGAGACACAGCACGUACGUCCUCGAUCACAACGACAAGGAAUGUGCUCCGGCCCCCAAGCACAGCUGUCCCGACUCCGACUCCUGCCCGUCGUCUCCUAAGCACCCCUCAACUCCGUCAGAGAAGUGCGGGGUCCUCAAUGUCACCAAAAUUACAGAAAAUGGCAAGAAAGUCAGGAAGAACUGGGCGUCCUCGUGGACGGUCUUGCAGGGGUCGUCCCUCCUCUUCGCCAAAGGUCAAGGCGGCAGCACCAGCUGGAAGUUUGGCAGCACCCAAUCCAAGCCAGAGUUCACCGUGGACCUGCGUGGUGGAUCAGUGGACUGGGCCCCCAAGGACAAGUCCAGCAAGAAGCACGUCAUUGAGCUGAAGACGCGCCAGGGGACGGAGCUGCUGAUCCAGUCGGAGAUUGACAGCGUCAUCAGCGACUGGUACCGGGCCCUGACUGAGACCAUGAGCGCACACGCGUGGGAGUGGGAGGAGGCCAUGGAGGAGGACAUGCCGGAAUCUCCAGGAGCGGAGAAACAGGACAAGGAGAAAGACCAGCGGGACUCCAAGAAGAACAGAGUGGUGAUGAAGACCUCCGUGAGUAUGGACACGUCAGACCAGAAGAAAACUCGCAUGAAGCUGAAGAAGUUUCUGACCCGUCGACCCACGUACCAGGCGGUGCGAGACAAAGGCUACAUCAAAGAUCAGGUUUUUGGAUGCGGACUGAGCAGCCUGUGCCAACGGGAGAACACGUCCGUGCCCACCUUUGUCAGAACAUGUAUCGAACACGUGGAGAACACGGGUCUGAGCAUCGACGGCUUGUACCGAGUGAGCGGGAACCUGGCGGUGAUUCAGAAGCUGCGCUUUGCUGUCAAUCACGACGAGAAGGUGCAGCUGGAGGACAGUAAGUGGGAGGACAUCCACGUCACCACGGGAGCACUCAAGAUGUUCUUCCGGGAACUUCCUGAACCGCUCUUCACUUAUGGAUCCUUCAACGACUUUGUUCAUGCCAUCAAAUGCUGCGACUACAAGCAGCGAUUGACUUCCAUCAAAGACUUGAUCAAGAAGUUGCCAAAGGCCAACCAGGACACCAUGCAAGUCCUCUUCAAACACCUGCGCAGGGUGAUCGAACACGGAGAAGCGAACCGCAUGACCACCCAAAGCGUGGCCAUCGUGUUCGGACCCACGCUGCUGCGGCCGGAGACGGAGACGGGCAACAUAGCGGUCCACAUGGUCUACCAGAACCAGAUAGUGGAGCUCAUCCUGCUGGAGUAUGAAAGCAUCUUCGGCAGGUAGACGCCGGGCCGCCUCAGACCUUUUGCUUUUUUGCUGAAGUGGGCGUGACGCCGGCGAGCCCGGGAAGGAAAGGAGCGGCGUGGGCGCUUCCAAGCGACCGAGAUGAGUUUUUGCAUCUUCACGUGAACCGUGUUGCCAUUUGGUGGAUUUGAGGGUUUUUGUUUCCGGUCACUGAAUCCUUCGGGAUCCUUCGGGAUCCUCCUGAAGGCUGCUGCUCCGGACUCAGCUGUGGUGGUCUUCCGUGUCUGUGACGCCACCUGGUGCUUCAGGUGGGAAGUAUUCGUAGUCUUGUUUUGUUUUGCACAUGGAUGGUCUAACUGGAGCAGUGUUCACAUUGUGUUCCCGUCACCCCGCCCCCGCACCCCUCAGUGUUGACCCCCACGGAGGGGAGAAAAACCCAUGUCUGUUGUUGGGACUGAAUUAAAACCUGCACACAAGCA